AUGGCACCAAUGCCCGCAAUGUUAUUCCCUUGUCAUGGAAAUAAAGACUACAUAUCUGCAUCGGUGUUACACUACAUUCGUUCCAGAACCAAGUUACCUAUCAACCACCGUGCGGUGAAAUCAUGCAACAUUCUUUUGGACGAGAAUUUGAUGCCUAAAGUGGCAGAUUUUGGACUCUGCAAGAAGCAACCUCAUGAGGAGUCAAAGCCAAAGCCACCAAAAUUUGAGUUGAGGGAGAACUUGGAACUUAUUUUGGAAUACAUGAACCCUGAGUAUCAUGCUACUGGAUGGCUAUCUGAGAAGUCUGAUGUGUAUUCUUUUGGUGUGGUUCUGUUGGGAUAUUUUUUGCACAAAGGAAGAGUAUUUUUUGACCUCAGAUAG